AUGGCUUUCGUUCUAGUAGCAGGAAAAUCCACAAAAUCACAAAUAGUAGCCAUAGCAGAUGCAGCUUCUUUGUACUGUGCUAUGGUUAUAUUAGGUCUGCUUUUAAUUAGCUCAGUGAAAGAUAAUUAUUCAACAGAUGGAGCUGUGAUUAGAGGGAACCACUUCUUUAACCGGCCAUGUGAUGAAAUUUAUGUUGUUGGAGAAGGUGAAACGUUACAUACAAUAAGUGACAAGUGUGGUGAUCCUUAUAUUGUUGAGAGGAAUCCACAUAUUCAUGAUCCUGAUGAUGUUUUUCCUGGUCUUGUCAUCAAGAUCACUCCUAGGAACAGAUCAUAG